AUGGGAGAUGAUGUCCGCGAGCGUGUUGAGGAGCUGCUGGCUGGUGUUGACUGUGCUGUCGUCAAUGGUUGGGGGUUUGUGGCUGCAGAGACAGAGGUGAGGGAGGAGGAGGAGGAGGAGGAGGAGGAGGAUGAUGAUGAUGAUGCUUCUGAGAACAAGGUUCGGCUGGACGUCGACGAUGAAUCUGACCGUAUCAUGCUUGUUGACAACACGACAACAACAACAACAGACGAGCUCGCUGCAUCAAAAGCAUAUGCGUCAUCCGUCAAAGUCGGAGCCGCAACUCUACUAGACGCAACCCCAUCCACGCCCAAUGCCUCGUUCCAUGCGUCCGCCGCCUGCUGA